GAGCAUAGCUUAGCAGAGGCAUGCUAAACUAAAAAAAGGGAGCUGGUGACCAUGCAAACUUGAGUCUGGCUCCCUCCUGGCCUGAAGUGACCUACUUUACGCUAAUGGUAGGGUCUGCGCUUACAUGGGACAAGUCGAAGCGCCGGUGAUUGGCUGGAGAAACAGAGGAGAGUUUGAAGGGUAAAACCUGUUUCUAAUGUUCUCCUGACACGUAAUUUGAGUACUGUUGGCCUUUACAGUGUUCAGACAGGAAAUUAACACAAAUGUCACUCAUGUGUCCUUGCAUUACACUCAUCUGAAUGUGAUCUUUAUGCUGUGACACCACGCCGUCCACCUAAAUCAUAACAGUCCUCGUGGCAGAGGUUAUGCGCUUUUAUUAAUGACAACAGAAACAGGCCAUUAAAUUCUCAAAGCAAGGGGGCUCUCUCUGUCCCAAUUGGUUGUGCCUGUGCAAGUUACCAUGGGGAUUCCAGACCUGAUUGGUCUUCACUUGUCCCACCGGGCCGGACGUGAUUGGUUGCCUUCGUCUCCUUGACAUGGCAGUAACGAUGGGUCAGUUUGAGACAAAUAAGAGAGGCUGGAAGCGGUGGGCACGUCUCAAUGACACCAGCGCAGACGGCACAGACAGCUCGGCCGGCGGGAAGGUUUUGUUGCUGGGGGGUCCGACGUUAACAUAGGCAGACUUGUGAGGGAUUUGUAAUCCUAGAGAACAGCCCUGGAUCUGUGUGAGGCUAUAAACAGCUGGGCACUGGUGUUAGCACUUCCUGUAAAGAGCUGUGUGAGUUACUAUCAACAUCAGCCGCUAGGGGAGAGUUUCUCUCUUUAGAGGGUCAGAGUAAGUUUGGAUCCCAGAGGAUGGAGGCAUGUGGCUUCUGUUUUGGAGAUCGGCCGGAGUGUGUCUGGGCUUUUAAACCGGGGUGGCAAAACUGGCACUGACAGGAUGGCAUUAAGUGUGUGAUCACAGAGAUACAUAGGGAUUAUGUACUUAAAAAUUAACAUGUAUCAGCCAGAUUUUAUACUCCUUAACUUAAAGUAUGACUGCAGAUGGACUGUAGCUUUAUGUUGUAUUGAAUUCGAUUGUUAAAAUGUAUUAGUUCAUAAACUACCUGCUUUGAAGACCAAACCAAGACUUCAUUACCAAGAAUCACAACAAACCAAACCUUGGUACUCUGAUUCAUUUAACAAGAAAGCUGAUAAAACCACAAGCCUCAACUGACACAACCAUGAAGCUGUGGACGGGAUAUUAAAACUCAACCCUGAGUUAACCGGAAUGUUCUCUACGGCUAUUUAGCUUCAAUAGAAAUCAUCCUCUUUCCAAACAAACAGAUCGAAUCUCAAAACUUGAGAUCGUCAAACUUUAGCAGAACAGUGUUUCUUUUAGCUAAACAGCAGAAUAUUUACAGAUCAGUUUAAGGAUAAAGUGUUAAUGAGGAAACUUGUGACCAGCUUCAGGGUAUUUUUACAGCUAACAUCAACUAAAGACUGAUAAGGAUUUAUCUUUAGCUGGGAUACAGACAUAGAGAUGACUGUGUUAGGGUGACAGUAUCUAUGGAUGUACCUAUCCAGUAAUACACCUGAGCUGUGUCCAAAUAAGGGUCAGGUAGAAGGUUGGGUUAAUAACUUCUUUAUGUCUAGGACUGACGGACAGAUUCUCUAAAGUAUCGACUACAUUUGCAGCUAAAGUUGAGACGUAUCAGUCACUUCCAGCUACUUUCUGUCGGUCACAAGCAUCAGUGUGAGGUUGUUGCACUACUUUGUGAAAAUGACUUUGAAAACUUGAACUGAAACAGACUUUUAGGUAACAGUUUCACAUGCUCAUCCUGAUGCGCUUUUCAAGUUUUGAAAACAUUGUUUUGUAAAUAAAGUUUUGCCACUUUAGACUUACCUCAGAAUUGGGAACCUUAAAUUUUACUGGAAACACAGUGCACAUAUUUAUAGGCAGUAUACACAUUUGUUUAUGUACAUGCAGUAAAUGCAACAGGCAUUAGAGUUUAUUAGCCUAGAGAGUCUGCAGUAUUUUAGGUUUUAUUGUCGUGUGUGUGUAUAUAUAAACAAAUAGCGAUGUGACUUGGUCUGAUGUUAUGUUAAACUUGCAUAUGAAACUAUUUGUACAGUCAAUCAAAAAUUUUAAUUGCCUCUGUAAUCAGAUUACUAAACAGCCUUUAAUUUGAUAUCUCUUUUUUUUACUUUUACUAACACAGAGAGCUUUUAUCCUUUUAUUUAUCCUUUUAUAAUGCCUGUUACUCAGGUCGUUUCAGUCAAUUAUCGCUCUUCUUAAAACAGGUAGUAGCAAUUACAAGAUUCCUGUUGUGAUACCACAUUCUACUGUGCUAAACAUAACACAUUUUACUCACAAAAAUAGGGAUUUUAAUAUUACCACUUAAUCCUCUCAUCCAUUUCAUCUCAUCUCCACAUGGUGAAGGGCUCACAGCCGACACUCUGCAGGUCAAGACUUGUGUAUUAAUAUAUUGUUAACAUGCGGAUGUUUCUCAAACGUGGGAAAAUUCUUUCAAGUUUGGGUUCUUCAAAUCUAUAGUUUGGAUAAAAGAGCUUAAAACCAACCUGGAAAAGUAUGUAUGCACCUUUUACACAACACAGCGCAGUCCAACCCACUAUGUACUCUACAUUCAGAGCAAAAAGGCACAAAUAUUCAAGUUUGACAUGUUUUAAAAUUAUGAAGAGAAGUCAGUUUAGAAGUGCAAGACAAAGUCUGUAUGGCAUCAAUCAGUUAGAGUGGGGGGCACUCUUUGCACAUUCAGAGCUAUCUAUAGUUUAGGCCAUCUGCUUUCUGUUGCUGGUAAAAGUCCUGGCAGCCUGACAAUGACUGGGAAACUGCAAACUGCAGAUCUGACUGGAAAUGACACAGAGGUCACAAGGUUUACUGGAGCACAGUCUCCAUGUCGUCCUUUUGAUACUUCGAUGUUGUGAUGACUCAAGCUCAGGUUUCCUUUUCCAUAAGUGUAGUAAACACAACAAACUCAUCUCUGCCCCUCUUCCCAUUUCGCUCACCCAAACAUGUAGUUUUAAGAAGGUAAACAUACCUUGAUAUUUGUGUGCUGACAGGUUUGUUCUGCCAAUGUGAAGUCGACACUUCAUUAAAAGGUUUUCAUCUUCCUCUUGGACUAACUAUGUGACUGACUCAGAGGUCUAAAUGAAGCAACAACCACAACCACUACCCUGCACACUCACAACCACAACACGGAUCAUUUCCUAAUAAUUUAUCCUCUUUAACAGACUGAUUUCACAGAGUGUCUACUUCUAUAACAAAAGCAAAAAUCAAAACAAUAUUGUCUUUUAUGGGCAUAAUUAUACAAAAAUUUGCUGAUAAACAUACAAUCUGAAUAAACAGUGUACAUAGAUUGCGACACAAGUUGAAGUUUGCAAAAUCAAUUGACUUUGAAAGCCCUGAGUGCACUUGAGGGAGGUGAUCAUAGGUGUGUGUCAUUGCUUAUGUCUUAGGUGUCACAGGAGCAGACUCUCCAGGACUGAAGUGGAGCCGAGCAGUCUGGAGGGGGAGGAAUGCAGUGACAACAAGGGGGCUGCUACUGCUGCUACUGCUACUGCUGCUCCAAGUCAGGAGACGACAACACUGUCUCCUCCCAGACUCUGCUGGUCCAACCUGUACGCGACAUGCUGGAUCCGACCGCCACAAAUAACUCAGAUGCACAACUAAUUCUAACUGUAAGGCCGCCGUGAUGACAUAAUG